AUGGAGUCAACAAUAUACCAAGAAUUUGUAGCUCUAUGCCAAUAUCAUGAAAUUGUUAAUAACUUUAUCUCAGAAACCAUCAAACAAGAAAGUGAAAAAGAUUCCAACUAUUCCCACUGCUGUGAAGAUAUCAGAGAGCUGAGAAAUAGAUUUUCAAGUCUUUUAGAAAUGGAUCAAUCAGACCUCUUACAAAAUGGCAUUUUAUCUUGUAGAAACCCUUUUCAGCUACUUUUAUACUUAGCUUUGAAUUCUCAAUGAAAUUUACUUGAGAACGUAAAUACAGAUGAUCUUAUUGAUGGAGUUUUUCAAUCAAAUAUCGAGUUCUUCUCCAGCCAAAAGUUCUAUGAGAUAAUGACCAAUUUAGAAUUAAACGAAGAAAUUAGAUCGUUAAUAAGAACAUUAGCAAUAUAUUUCUAUAUCCGCGUUCCUGAUGCAUGCAUUUGGUAUAAAUUUUUAAAAAAACAAAUUAAGCCCCUUUGCGAGCAAAAUUUAUCGUUCUCUCACAGGAGGAAGGAGAGUUAG